CCUAGGUCCGUGUGUGGUGCCCGGUGCCCGGCCUGAGCCCCCGCACUCAGCUCCCCAUUCUCGCCCGGCGCCCUCUGGCCGCUCUCGGGGCACACGGAAUAGUACAGAAACAGAGGACGCAAAGGCCGGCCCGGGCCCUGUUUGGAUCACUUGUCCCAGUUGCCUGAGCCUGAGCAAUGACUGCUGAGUCGAGGGAGGCCUCGGGUCUGUCCCCCCAGGCUGCACAGGAGAAAGAUGGGAUUGUCAUCGUGAAGGUGGAAGAGGAUGAUGAGGAUGAGCAGGCAUGGGGGCAGGAGGGCCUGCAGGACGCACCUCCUCCUGACCCAGAGGUGUUCCGACAGCGUUUCCGACGCUUCUGUUACCAGAACACUUUUGGCCCCAGAGAGGCGCUAAGUCGACUGAAGGAACUUUGCCAUCAGUGGCUACGACCAGAAAUAAACACCAAGGAGCAGAUACUGGAGCUGCUGGUAUUGGAGCAGUUCCUUUCCAUCCUGCCCAAGGAGCUCCAGGUGUGGCUACAGGAGUACCGGCCCGACAGCGGAGAGGAAGCUGUGACCCUCCUGGAAGAUUUGGAGCUUGAUCUGUCUGGGCAGCAGGUCCCAGGUCAAGUUCAUGGGCCUGAGAUGCUUGCCCGGGGGAUGGUGCCUCUGGAUCCUGUUCAGGAGUCCUCAAGUUUUGACCUUCACCCUGAGGCCACCCAGUCUCAUUUCAAGCAUUCAUCUCGGAAACCUCGCCUCUUGCAGUCCCGAGCUCUCCCUGCCACCCACGUUCCUGCCCCUCACCCCCAAGGGAGUCCCAGAGACCAGGCGGUGGCAUCUGCACUAUUGACAGCAGAUUCCCAGGCAAUGGUGAAGAUCGAGGACAUGGCUGUGUCCCUCAUCCUGGAGGAAUGGGGCUGUCAGAAGCUGGCUCGGAGGACUCUCAGUAGGGACAGCAGGCAGGAGAACUGUGGGAAGGUGUUUUCCCAGGGCUGUGAAAACAGGACUGACAAUGAGGAGUCAACAUACAAGAGUGAAGUCACAGAAAACUCCAUGGUACAGGGGGACACAGUAGGAAGACCCCAGAAAGAGUUCGGAGAGAAACGUGAACAUCAGGGCAGAGUUGUCGAAAGGCAGCAGAGAAACCCCGAGGACAAAACGGGCAAAGAGAAGAGAGAAAGCGGGCUGGCUACAGCCAAGGAGAAGAAGGCCAGCGUGGGAGAGAGGGGCCCCCGGGAGAAGGGCAAAGCGCUGGGAAGAAGUUUCAGCCUGAGUUCCAACUUUCAGACCCCCGAAGAUGUCCCACCAGGGGCAAAGGCCCACAGGUGUGAUGAGUGCGGGAAAUGCUUCACCCGAAGCUCCAGCCUUAUCCGCCACAAAAUCAUCCACACAGGAGAAAAGCCCUAUGAGUGUGGCGAGUGCGGGAAAGCCUUCAGUCUCAACUCGAACCUUGUCCUGCAUCAGCGCAUCCACACAGGAGAGAAGCCCCAUGAAUGUCACGAGUGUGGCAAGGCCUUCAGUCACAGCUCCAACCUCAUCCUGCACCAGCGCAUCCACUCGGGGGAAAAGCCCUACGAGUGCAAUGAGUGCGGGAAGGCCUUCAGCCAGAGCUCGGACCUCACGAAGCACCAGCGCAUCCACACGGGCGAGAAACCCUACGAGUGCAGUGAAUGCGGCAAAGCCUUCAACCGAAACUCCUACCUGAUUUUGCAUCGGCGAAUUCACACCCGAGAAAAGCCCUACAAAUGUACCAAGUGUGGUAAGGCCUUCACCCGCAGUUCCACCCUCACCCUGCAUCAUAGGAUCCACGCACGUGAGCGUGCCUCCGAGUACAGUCCUGCCUCCCUGGAUGCAUUCGGAGCGUUCCUCAAAAGUUGUGUGUAAGACAAGAAUCUGUCAUCAAGCCAUUUUCUCCCUUUCAUGUCUAAAAUUAUGUCAGAGGUGUGUGCCCAUGGAAGAGAAAACAAAAAACAAAACAGCUUAGACAGAUUGUUAUUGUUGUUGUUGUUGUGUUUUCAAAGUCGCAUGGAAGGAUCCUUUGAGUGAAGAUCAGAAGUGUCUACUUUGCGUGUAUAGGCAGCAGCCACACCCUGGCAAGGAAAAGCUGGUUGUAAAGAUACUCCAGUGUGGCCAUGGGGCUAUUUCCACACAAGAUAAGCACACACAGUAAAACGUCAAGUUUUCCAGCACCAAGGAUACUUUUGAAGGACCCCGGCAGCAAUCACAACAUAUAAUUGACAGAUCAGAAUUGGCCCUGCCCAUGGAACACUGAGGUCAAGGAGCCAUUUGCUGCAAAUGCCCCGUGUCUUCUUCAAAAAGAGAGGGACAAGCAAAACAAAAACUACACUGGGCCAUGCUGCUCAGGCUAGUUACAUUAUCUGAUCGCCGGUAGCCUGCCAAAGCUGUAGAAAUCUAGGACUGUGCCGAUGAGUAUCAAACCAAAGAUUUCUGUCUCUUCUGGGAAGAGAGAGAUGGGCGCCAAUCUACAGUUCCAAAGGACUGCCGCAGUGUAGCUGGUUCUAUCUGCUUGGACCUCAGUUCUGCCCACACAGCAGCGGUGACUCAACACGCUUCCUCAUGUCCAGAAUGCAUUUCUCCACAAGUGAGCACUUGAUUGUACACUGGCUCUUAAUCCUUCAUUGGAAGUUUUUAUCAUUACCCCUUCCCUUCCCCCCACUCCCCAAAAUAUUUUGGUUGUCAAGGAAACAGCCCAGCACUGGACUUAGUGCUGAAAACAAGGCACUCCUUAUGACUGGACUCCCAGCAAGACUUCCGCACUUAAGAUAAAGCCCCAUGAAUUCUGAGUACCUGAAAUACAGUGGCUG